UAUAUCAGCUGUCAAAUUAAAUUGACGCGCGAAAUAAGCAAAACAAAACAGAAAUGUCACAGUCGGGGUGUCCUCUUGGUGACAGAAUCAUAGUAGGUUACAUUUUACCCGAAAAGAAGGUUAAAAACUCAGAAAAUGACGACUCUGAUUGGGAAGAUGAUGAUGAUGAGGAGGAAGAAGAAGCACAGCCGGAGUUUCUGGAUAUGAAAGAGAUGGACAGCGUUAGUUCAGGAGGACACGUGUUUAAUUCCUCCGUACCGGGCCGAAACGAAGUUGAUUUCCUGGACAGGGUGUCUGGUAAGAGAUGCAGAGUACUGGGCCGGUUCAGUCUGAAGGACCCGUGGUGGGAGGCUACCUGCACAGCCCGCGCAGCCAGGGGCAAGCUGGUGCUACGGGGCUACCCUGCCUACCGCCUUCGCUCAGACCUCCAGGGAGACCCGGACCACUCUGUCCUGUCUCUGUUCCUCACCGCCUGCGGCGUGGACGCACAGUUUGUCGUCCCCUUCUUUGCUUGGCUGCCGAUGGGAAGGAAGGUGGAGUUUGCUAACUUGCAGGAAGUUCUGGCUGAGUUUGAGGAAGGAGAGCAGCACAGAGCUUUGGCACAGCAGAUUAAAGCCUUGGUCUCUGUUUCAGUUGCAGGGAUGCGCGUGACUGCUGCCUCUCUGUACCCCCAUGUGAUGAGAUACCUGCCUACCCUACUGCCAGGGCGCUUCACAGAGCUCCUGAGUCGGGGAAAGAAAAGCCCAAAACAUCCUGCGGCACAGGGUGCUACACAGAUAGAGGAGGAUCUCAGCUUGCUGGCCAAAAUAGAGGAGAUGAUCAAGACGGACGUCUGGAAGCUGGGCUUUAACUAUGUUAUGUACAAGGAGUUGAAGGUGGUCCAUUGCGAGGCUCAGCUGAGAUCCUUCCAUGAGUGUAAACUCUUCCAAGAGAUCCCUCUGAAGCAACGUAACGCCCUGCGAGUCUACGACUCUCUGAAGAACCACUGCCACAGGACGGGCAGUACCUACACGGAGCUCCCCACCCUGUGUGACGAGGUCAGGAGAGGGUGUAGCUCCGUGGUGGAGGUGGAGGUGUGGGACGCAGUCCACUUCCUCAAAGAGCUGGGCGUAGUGGUACGGGAUCGCCAGAAGGUGGCGCUGCAGAACCUGCAUUCUUAUGAGACUGGGAUAGCUGAGUGCCUACGCUGUCUGGUACAGGAAGAGCCCUGGGUUUUACCUCUGGAUGUCAUAGAGGUGCUGACUGCUUCAGCUCUGCAGAGGCUGAGGAAGAAGGGAGGGGAUGGAGGGAGUAGGGGGGAUCAAGGUGAAGUGGACUCCGACGCAGAGCGGAAGGCUAAUGAGCUGAAUGAAAGGUGUGAUAUGGAUGGCAGCGCUGCAGAGACAGACCGUACUAGUACUGCUGUUAGAACAGCCAGCGGAUACUCUGUCCCAGACCACAUCAAACCUGAACCAGCCCCUACAGACCAGGGCCCUCCAGUAGAUUUAGACCCAGACCAGGGCCCUCCUCCAGUAGAUUUAGACCCAGACCAGGGCCCUCCUCCAGUAGAUUUAGACCCAGACCAGGGCCCUCCUCCAGUAGAUUUAGACCCAGACCAGGUAAGUGCAGCAGAGAUGAUCUGCUUCAAUCCGGUGACUGUGAUCAGUGGUAAGGGGGGCUGUGGUAAGACCACGGUGGUGAGUCUGGUGUUCAAGGCCGCCUUGCAGCAGAGCCCAGAGAAGGAGGUCACGAAGGCAUGCUGGGACUUUGAAAAUGACUCCUUGGGGUCUGAGGCGUGGGAGGAAGCCGAGGCGUGGGAGGAAGAAGCCCGGUCGAAGAGUCUGCUCCCUCAGUUAAAUGGGGAGGUAAAGGACGAAAAGUCGUCGUCGUCGUGGGUUUUACAGGGAGAGGACGAGGUGUUACUAACAGCACCCACAGGGAGAGCUGCGUCUCUGCUCACCAAGAGGACCUGCUUCAAGGCCUACACCCUGCACCAGGUAGUGUGGAGUUUCAUGCAUGCCAAGAAAGACCCCAACGGGGCUCCUGAGGAGUGGAAGUUUGCGCGUGUGCGCGUGUUGGUGGUGGACGAGGGCAGUCUGGUGUGUGUUCAGCUCCUCCACUCCGUCCUCACCAUGCUCACCAAACACGCACAGCUCAGGAAGUUCGUCAUCUUGGGUGAUGUGCGUCAGCUGCCCAGUAUCCAGCCAGGAAACAUCUUGUAUGACCUGUUCCACAGUCUGGGCCGAGCCCAUUGGGCCAUCGAGAUGAGGACCAAUCACAGAGCUGAGUCUCAACUCAUCGUCAACAACGCCGGACAAAUCGCAGAGAUGGGGAUGAAUCGUAGUUUCAGACCGCUCCACUACGACGCCAUCUUGGAUCUGAAUGGAAGCUACACCAUGCCCUCUGAAGACAAGAGGUUCAUCCUCAUCCUGCUGCCCAACACCACCGAGGACUCUGACUAUGACCUUCAGGUGGCUAUCGAACUCUUAUUGGAAGCUGCUCCAGGACUGAAGAAUGACGCCACGUCACAGUUCAUCGCCUUCAGAAGGAAGGAGUGUGCCUUGAUCAAUGAGCUUUGCUGCAAACAUUACUGCGACCACCGCACCAAAAACAACAAGAACCGACUAGAUUUCCAGCCGAGAGAUAAAGUCUGCUGUACAAAGAACGGCUACGUCACAGACAGGAACAAGGAAGUGUCUCCUGAAGCAGAGGACUUGGAGAACAGCUACGUAUCUGACAGGGACAGGACCAAGCAGAGACUUCCUGUUCUGGACGGAGAGGAGAGACUGAGAGGGAACGGGGCCACACAGAGACGGAAGUGGGACGUGACCGAGGAGGCGGGCUCACAGCGGAGCAGGAAGCAGAGGUACUUGACUCUGGAUGAUGGUGACGGACGGAUGCUGUGUGUUUCCUUCAGGGAGCUGCAGAGAGAAUGUAAACUGCAACACGCCUGGGCUAGGACCAUACACACCUUCCAGGGGUCGGAGACCGAGACCAUUGUGUACGUGCUGGGUAACGGUAGCGUCCAGACGUGGAAACACGUGUACACGGCUGUGACACGGGGACAGAAGCGUGUAUAUGUCAUAGCCAAGCAGGAGGGCAUGGCCUCGGCCAUCAAGAGACGCACCAUCCCACGUAACACCCGGCUGGGAACCCUGGUCAAAGAGCUGCUGGUCCAGCCUGGGGCUGAGGGGCAGGACCAACCAGACCAGAACCAAGCCCAGCCGGGCACACCUCGCAGGGCAGCCCCAGGCUUCGGGCCUACACAGACCACUCCUCUGGCCUCACAGACACCUAGCUGGUCUCUAAGGACCCCCUACAAAACCCCUAUAGCAGCACCCAGACUCCUCUCUACGCCCAGCGUAGCAGUCCCACUUCAGGCCAAUCGUGUCCACUCUCCGUCGGUCCUACCCAGGAAGCUGUGGAGAAAUGAGCCUCCAACAGCUUCUCAGGCAGAUGCCUCAGACACCUCUCUGAUGGACGACAUCACUUUCAGUCAGGCAUAUACCUGGUCGCCUAUGAACAGCAGCUCUGAGGACCCCUCUCAGGAGCAGCCUGAGUCGUGUGAGGAGGAAGGGAUCGAGAUGGAGGCUAGCAGCAGCGCUGUAGAGGAUGGACACAUGGGGAAGAGUUCACAUUUAGCUGCUCGGUCUGGGGUUGAGAGCACCCCUUCCAAGAGGACGCUCAGUCCUGACAGUGAGGAACAGAAUGUAUCUCCUCAUAAACAGAUCAAGGUAAGAGGAGGAGGUCCUGACAGUGAGGAACAGAAUGUAUCUCCUCAUAAACAGAUCAAGGUAAGAGGAGGAGGUCCUGACAGUGAGGAACAGAAUGUAUCUCCUCAUAAACAGAUCAAGGUAAGAGGAGGUCCUGACAGUGAGAAACACAAUGUGACUCCUCAUAAACAGAUCAAGGUAAGAGGAGGAGGUCCUGACAGUGAGAAACAGAAUGUGACUCCUCAUAAACAGAUCAAGGUAAGAGGAGGAGGUCCUGACAGUGAGAAACACAAUGUGACUCCUCAUAAACAGAUCAAGGUAAGAGGAGGAGGUCCUGACAGUGAGAAACAGAAUGUGACUCCUCAUAAACAGGUCAAGGUAAGAGGAGGAGGUCCUGACAGUGAGAAACACAAUGUAACUCCUCAUAAACAGAUCAAGGUAAGAGGAGGAG